GGGGGGGGAACUGUUUUACUUUGACACGCUGCAUUACAAAGCAAGUGAACUGAAAUAUCCAAAUUAAUUUUGCAACAGCGCUGAAUCAGAAUGUAAAAAAAAGCAAUGACUGUAAAGCACUCUGCGGAUGUACACAUAUUUAAUAUUUUAAAAUGUAUACCAAUAGAAAUCGUUAAAAAAAUAUAUAAUGUUAAGUAAAAAUCCUAACAAAUGCCAAAAUGUGCCAUAUGCAUAUUAUAAUGUUAACUAUCGUUGAAUCCAUUCUAAAGACACACAAACACACAACGAUGCGUUAUAUUAUUAUAACAAACCCUGUGACCCGAGUCAAGAAGAAGCAAAAAUUCCGCAUGCUUCAUUACAACAGCAAGUGAGAAAACACCCCAGAACGCGUCCAAAGAAGUAAACGGUGACGUUUCCAGACGUGACCUUUGACCCGCCGCGCGCUCCUACGUCAGAGCAAAGCCCGAGAAGCUCGCUCUCGUCUGGGAGCGCGCGCAGCGGCAGAGCGGUCCGGGAGGAGAGAGGUGAGGACGAGGGCGAGUGUUCCGCUUUAUACGCCUUAAAUCUGCUUGUUCUUUUUAGAAUAACAACUGUGCUCAAAGUCUCCCGUGUGAUGUGAAGUUUAAAAACGAUGUUUUUUCAGCGGGACAUCCGCGGGGACAACGGUAACGUAACGGUAACGUGACCGACUGGUUCAUGGAUGUCUUGCGGUUCCCUUUGGAAUAAAUGAACAGCAACAAGAUGUACACCGCUCGGAAGAGAAGAAAACCCGCGCAGAAAGGAGUCAAGCCCGUCCCAGCUGAAGGCGGCAAGUCCAACCCGUCCAAACGGCACCGGGACCGCCUGAACUCGGAGCUGGACCGGCUGGCCAGCAUGCUGCCCUUCCCCGAGGACGUCGUCUCCGGCCUGGACAAACUGUCCAUCCUGAGGCUCAGCGUCAGCUUCCUCCGGACUAAGAGCUUCUUCUCCGUGGCGCUGAAGAACCGGCUGCCCAACAGCGUGAAGAAAAGCAGCGAUGACAUCACAGCGUCCGUGGGCGGGGCCGUACCUGAGGGGGAACUGCUGCUGCAGGCCCUGAAUGGCUUCGUCCUGGUGGUCACAGCCGAAGGAACCGUCUUCUUCUGCUCUCACACCAUCCAGGACUACCUCGGCUUCCACCAGACUGACGUGAUGCACCAGAGCGUGUUGGAGCUGAUCCACACUGAAGACCAGCAGGAGUUCAGGAGCAACCUGCACUGGGCCCUCAACCCCCCAGCCGGCCUGGCCCCCUCCACGGAUCCCGUAGCAGACGGCGAGUCGGCGUCGAGCUCUUCCUGCCUGGUGAGCUACGAGCCAGACCAGCUCCCCCCGGAGAACUCCUCCUUCCUGGAGAGAAGCUUCGUCUGCCGCUUCCGCUGUUUGUUGGACAACUCCUCCGGCUUCCUGGCGCUCAGCAUCCAGGGUCGUCUCAAGUUCCUCCACGGUCAGAGCCAGAGCCGCCCGCGGUGCGACAGCGAGGGCGGCGCCCCCCCCCAGCUCGCCCUGUUCGCCAUCGCCACCCCCCUCCAGUCUCCGGCGAUCCUGGAGAUCAGGACCAGGAACAUGAUCUUCAGGACCAAACACAAGCUGGACUUCACACCCAUGUCCUGCGACGCAAAGGGUAAAAUCGUUCUCGGCUACACGGAGGCGGAGCUAAGAGUUCGAGGCACGGGUUACCAGUUCAUCCACGCUGCCGACAUGCUGUACUGCGCCGAAAACCACGUCCGGAUGAUGAAGACGGGAGAGAGCGGCCUCACCGUCUUCAGGCUGCUCACCAAGGAGAACCGCUGGAAGUGGGUCCAGGCCAACGCCAGGCUCGUCUACAAGAACGGCGAGCCGGACUACAUCAUCGCCACCCAGAGACCGCUGGUGGACGAGGAAGGAGGGGAACACCUGAGGAAGAGAUCCAUGCACCUUCCCUUCACCUUCGCCACCGGAGAGGCGACGCUCUACCAGACGGGUUACCCGCUGCACGGCUUCCCCGACUCCUUCCAGGGAAAAGCCAAAGGCCACAAGUCCAAGAAGGGGAAAUUGGACAAGAAUUGUUCUGAGGACCUGGACCCAAAGUCCCUGCUGGGAGUGCUGAUGAGCCAGGACGGGUCUGUGUACGUCUGCCAACCGGACCCGGAGCCCAAGGCGCCGUACCACAGCGGCCUCCUCGCCGAGCAGCAGAACGGCGGCGAGGGCUUCGGCGGCUCGUUAAGUGGCGACAGCUGCCAUGUGGCGUCGGCCGGGGAGACGGGGAGCUGCAAUAGCAAAGCACCCAGCUAUGACCCGCUGCUGGCCACGCUGGACUCUCUGAGCCUGGACGCAGAGGAGCCGUGCUCCAACAGCGAGCUCUUCAGCGCCCUGGAGAACCUGGGCCUGAACGCCGAAGACCUGGAGCUCCUGCUGCUGGACGAGAGGAUGAUCCAGGUGGAGCUGGGCCCGAGCCAGGUCCCGACCCUCUGUGACCUUCUGACCAACAACGAGAUCCUCUCCUACAUCCAGGACUCUCUGGAGAGCGGGACGGAGGGGCGGGGACAAGGAGACGCAGGCAAGUUUGGACCCGCGGCCCAAAGCGUCUCCCAGCAGCCACAGGCGUGUUUCACACCCGCCGUCCUUCUAGCUCCUCCCAUCACCCAGCUGUCGCAGCAGAUGCUGCAGCACACGAGUGCAGAAGUGAAAGCUCACCCGGGCCACACUCAUUGCGUCUCCCAGCCGGGGACGUCGGACUCCCAGGUGGACCACCGCCGCAGCCAUUGCCCCCCCCGCGCUGCGCCUCGAGCCUCGCAGCCCAACGGCGCGCACAAACAUCUUCUUCUGGGGUCGGGUCACCAGUGGCAGCCUCAGCAGGACCAGCACUCGGUCCACCUGCAGAGCCUCCAGGACCAGCUCACAACGAGCGGACACGCAGCCUUUCCCCCUAGCGCGGGGGCGGGCCACGCCGGCUACACCGUCUCCGACUACCAGACCCCCCCCCGAGAGCUGCAGGGUGACCACGCACACCAGCAGGGCCCCACCCAGAGCUCUGCGCUAGCGUUGGAGCAGUUACUGGGUCCGUCCCAGCCUCAGCACAGCCUGCCAGAGGCCUACAGCGCCUUCCACGCGGCCACGCUCCAGCCCCCCCACAGCAAGCUGGAGAACAGCUGCCUCCUCGGUGCCACCAACGCCGCGUACAUCCGCUCCUGUCUGAUGCCCAACGGGAACGCAGUGGCGCCCAGCGACCUCCCGGACGGACUCGGCGCCCUGCAGGACCCCCGGAAAUCAGGACUUUACCUGUGAGAGGAGGAGGAGGAGAUGUUCAGCAGGACCACAUCAGGUCUGCUUCUCCGUGUCUCCCCUCAGCGCGACGAGGAGACGUGUUCAUGUGUCCACUGGAGCUUCAGCAUCCAUGUCCUCCCUCAUCUGUAAAUACCCACAAGAACAAUGUACACAUCUCAAACACUGACUGCAAGGUUCUACAAGGAUCUUCUAGAAAGAAGACACUUUGAUGCGUCCUUCACAUUAUUGAGCGCUUUAAUCAUUUUACAUGACAGUGUACCUUGGACGGAUGAAUGAAGUGGGAUGAGAUCAACCAGCUCCACAAGCUCAUGCGAGCUUUCAGACUCUUGUUUCUGAACCAACGGCUGCCGUAGACAUGUGGAAUAUUGCAGCUUAAAGCGUGUAUGCUUUGAAAAGGCGGACUAUUGUGUUUAAGGAGUAAGUGUGAGUGGGUUUCAUAAUAGACCCAACGUGGUGAAGGCCGUCCCAAACAAGCAGCCGUGAGAUUUGCAGUGAACACACCACAGAGGUUGGGUGGUGGACGGGGUCGACCCCCCCCCCCCCCCCCCCAGGGGUCCGUAUGGAAGUCCUUCAGCAUUUCAUUCUUCCCGUUAAUGUUGUUGAGAUGAGAUUCAAACAGGUGGUGAGAGGUUUGAUUUGCUGCUGCUGCCACAGAGAGAACACGCUGUAUCUGUGGCGCCUUUAUAGCGAUGAUGCAUUUUUUGCCUGCGUGAGGCUUAUGAUUCCAGAUGUGAUCAGAAAGGAUCUGAUUGGUCCCUGAGUGGACCUGAAAUCUAUCACAAAUAAGCAUUUUGGUUUCCUGACUGGAGACAGCGUGAAAAUCUCCCAUGAAUGCCUUGUCCUACAUGUCCUCAUAUCCUGCACAAACACACACACAGCGGCCCAUCAAGGACCAAACUGUACCUAAUGGAUUACAAUGGAAGCGCAUGGAGGGUCUUUUGCUUUGAUCACAAACAACUGAGAGAAAACAUGUUCAAUGCUGUCUGUUUAUUGUCAUCUUCAUGUGUGUAAAGUUCUUUGAAGCAAUGCGCAAACCAAACCAGGACUGUGAGAACAUCACACAACAGACUUUAAUGCAGCUUUGUGUAGUAAAGUCACACAAACUGCUCUUCCUCAGUGGGACAUGAGGCUGAUGCUGCGUUCACGGCCCCUCAGAUUAAAGGGGUAGUUUGGUUUAUUUCCCUCUGGUGACCCGUGAGAGGAACUGAAGCUCUUAUUUCUGCUCCUUGGGUCAGUUUGGUGUUUUAAAUGAUUCACCACUCAGUCACAAUAACUCAAACAAAUGAAUCUUAUCGUGCUUUUCUCCUUAACUCUUCUCUUUUAAUUUAUUUUAACGCAGCAUCAGAAAUAAAGGUCCCCAGAGGUCAAAAGCUGGACGACAGCAUUUAGCAUUUAGUGCCGCCUCAGAAACCAAAUGUGAAGAACACGUGUGUGUCUGCAGUUGUUGAAUGUGUUGUUGAAACUGUAACAUGACGCUUUUAUUUCACCAGGAAAACGUCCUGAUCGGUGCAUUCUGGUAACAACUAAAUACAUUUACAGAUUAGCCUCGGUUUGUUUUUAAUGUAAACUGGCUUUUCUUAUAAAAGAGAAUAUUUAUAAACCAGUUGUGAGAUCAAAUGUUGUAUGAAAGAUUAUAUGGCGACAAUCAUUCACCAAGGCGCUUUAAAAGCAAACAAAAAAUGGUUGUGUGUGUGCAUAUUGACGGUGUUUUUUUUAAUCGGUGCAAGCACUACUUUAAAGUCACUUACAAACUCCUUUUCCAGCACUGAAAGUAGUCUUGUAGAAAAAGCAUUUUAUGACUUCAUGUUGUGAGUAUUGUUCCCUUUGUCAUGUUUGUCACUUUAGAACAAAAGCAGUGCCAUAAGUCCGGCCUUCAGUACAUCUAAGACACUGGAGCUACGUUUGACUUUUUCUGGAUCCACUUUGUUCACCAGAUGAACGUGAAAAAUGGUUUAUAUUUAAUGUUGGAACCAAACGCCGCAUUUGUGAUUUUAUCGUGGUACUUUUUAUUUAAAGCACAGACUUUAUUUUGUUACUUUUGUCACUGAAGGUCGUAGCUCUAUGUAAACAAAACCUUUUUAAAAUGCAGUUUGUCUUUGAGCCUUGUGUUCCAAAAUGUGCUCUUGGAUCCUGGAAAUAAAGGAUUUUGUGCAAUCACAAACCGAUGGUCUCCUCUCCG